AUGUGCGAGGGUCUUUGCGGAACUAACACUCCUCCAUCUUACACGUCUUUUUAUUGCAAUCUUGACGAAGUUGAGAGUCCAAAUGACUGCGAUAAAUGGCAACCUCAGCACGAAGACUGGGGACAUCUCAUGCCAAAUGCUUUGUUGAACCAAGUCAGAGACGCAGCCAACUCAACCUUCACUCUCACCAAUGUCAGCCCACAACUCGGCGAGUUCAAUGAGGGGGCUUGGAAUCAGCUUGAAUGCAUGGUUAGGAAAUUCAUGGAAGAAGAAAUCAACAAUGAAGAUUUUGGAUCAUCGUUGGAACUCACGGGAAAAUUCACGUAA